AUGAGGGAAUCAAACGAUAGGUUUUUUCUUCCGUCGGGAUCCUCUAAAUCACCAUCAAAAUGCGGUUUAAGAGGAAAGCUUAAAAAUCUCUUUAUUGACGCUAAAUCUUGCAAUUUCAAUAUUUUAACUCUUACGGAAACGUGGUUGAACGAUUCUUUCAAAAAUGAGGAAAUACUUGACAGUAAUUGGUCUGUAUACAGAAAAGAUCGUGAUUAUACAGCUACUGGUCAAUCCAGGGGUGGGGGCGUUUUGAUCGCCGUCAAUAAUCGGUUACCAAACCAAUUGGUAUCCACUUCAGUUUUUUCCACAUUCGACCAUCAAUUUAUCAAAAUAUACUCAGGUAGAAUCUAUACCUAUGUGGGAGUGGUUUACUUCCCCCCUAAUUCUGACGAAUCCUCUUAUAACGAUUUCUUUACCAUAUGUAACGAAAUAUUUUCACAAAUGCAUGAGGAUGAUGAGAUAGUUGUUCUAGGUGAUUUUAAUCGGUCGGCUUUAUCGUUUAUCAAAGAUGAAUGUGAUAACCAUCUUCUUCCAGUCAACUUCAUGGAAGACAUCGAUUUUAAUCUCGUUAGUACGUUCUAUGGGAACGACUUGCAGCAGGUGGUACGUUACCCAAAUGAAAGAGGUAAUUGGUUGGACUUAGCUUUCUCAAAUGCCUAUGACAGCAUACGGGUUCGACUUGCUACAGACGAAGAGAACCUUUUCAAAAAUUCUAUUCAUCAUAAUGCAAUUGUUCUCGAAUUUCCUAAUAACAAACUUAAGUUCUCUAAAUCUUACAAUAAAGAGAUUGUAUAUGAUUUUCUUAACGCCGACUACAACAGCAUCAAUUAUGCUCUUAGCUUAAUUAAUUGGAACGAUAUGUUCCAUCAGGACAAUUUAGACAAUAUUAUCUCCGAUUUUUACUCUAUUUUGUUCAGAUUAAUUGACGCCCAUGUUCCAAGAAUCCUUAAGAAGGAUAGACUGGCGGAACCAUGGUUAGACCGUAAUUUAAGACAAUUACGUAAUCGGAGAAAUAAAUUAUACAAUAAAAUUAAGCAUUCUAGGGACAAUAACUCACUUAUUAAUGAAUAUAAUGAGUUGGCGAAUGAAUUCAAAAAUAAAUCCAAUGAGGCAUAUGAUAUUUAUAUCCAAAAUAUAGGCAGCUCGAUUUUGGGGAACCCGAAAAGAUUUUUUGACUUUGUUAACUCCAAACGUAAAUCGUCGGGAUAUCCGAGCUCCAUGAGCAAGAACGGGUUAAUAUCAUCUUCUAACUCUGAGAUUUGCAAUUUUUUUGCCGAUAAUUUUCAACAAACUUAUAGAUUAGAUUCUCUUUCUAAUUAUGUCUAUACCCCCACUAGUAUAGAUAACGGUCAUCCCCUUUUUAAAGAUGUUCAUCUUUCAGUAGACAACGUACUUCAGGGUAUUUGUGACUUAGAAACCAAUAAAGGACCUGGACCGGACCUUAUACCGCCUAUACUUCUUCAUAACUGUAGACACAAUUUAUCAUAUCCGCUUACUUUGAUUUUUGACAAAUCAUUAUCCUCUGGUUUUUUCCCGUCAAUAUGGAAAACUUCAUACCUCAUACCUAUUCAUAAAAAGGGGGAUAAGACUGCGGUUGAAAACUAUAGGGGAAUUGCCAUUCAAUCUGUCAUUCCUAAAUUACUUGAGAGAUUGGUUACGGGUAUAAUUGCACCCAUUGUUAACCCAUUACUAAAUAAUGAGCAACACGGCUUUAGGACUGGUCGCUCUGCGACCACCAAUCUUUCAAUUUUUACAUCCGAUAUUCUUUCGUUUAUGGAAAGAGGGUUUCAAGUGGAUGCGAUAUAUACAGACUUCAGCAAAGCUUUUGAUCGCAUUGAUCACGUUGUCUUAGAGCAUAAGCUAAGACAAUUUGGUUUUAGGAACCCACUAUUGGGAUGGUUAAAAUCUUACUUCACUGAAAGGACCCAAUUUGUCAGAUCUAAUCUACUGAUAUUAGUAUCAAAUACUGAUGGUUCAUGUGGUGACAAUAACAUGUCGCCAAUCAAGAAGUGUGCUGGUGUUAGCGCAUUCAAAUUCUCUGGAUCACUUGGUAGUUCACUUAAAGGGCGUUAA